UCCAUCGGGCUGCCCGCGGCAGCGACGACACGAGCGACGACACGAUGCACGGCAGCGAUGCGUAGCGUCGCGACCGCGGUCGCCCUGGGCGCCGCCGCCGCCGCCGCCGCCGCGCCGUCGUAUGGCGUCUGUUGGACACGCAACAAAGUCAACCACCGGCCGCCCAAGGCGCGCAAGCACGAGACGACGGAGCACCUCUCGUCGUCCGAACUGCGGAACCUCGUGCUCUCCGCCGCGUCGCUGAAACGGCGCUUCCCGGCCGUGCCGACUUGUCUGUUCACGGACCUGCCCCCGGACCUGCUGGAACGGGCGAUCCACGGCGUGCGACUCAAGAAGGGCGGCGAGUGGACGCACAACCUAAAACUCUUUGACGUGGUCCGGAACGACACGCGGGACGCAUUCGUGAAGACGAAUUUGACGGGUUUUGAACGGCGGUGGGCCGACGCGGCGGGGACGCUCGUCAAUUCCCGAAUAGGACGCAUCGGGAAUUUACAAAGGAGCCCCUUCGACGUCACGCUGUUUUUAGACGACGACACGUUCUUCUGCCCUUCCGUGGAUGUGGAAGAGGACCUCCGCGCGCUCUCUACUUUACCUUCUCGCAUCGCCGUGCGGGCGCACCCCUUCGACGUCCACGCCAAGGCCCCUCGCUUAAAGCAAGCGCACCGCUGCGCCUGGGAGGCGACGAAGCGGAAGAGGAUGGGAGGGAACUUUUCGCUCGUCGCCGCGGAGGCGACGUGCUUCGACGACCACGCGCCUCCCACUCUCUGGUGUUCCGGCGCGCAGGGCGGCGCCCUCCUCGUCGAUAGACGGGAGGACGUCGCGAGUUUCGUCGAGGGCUGGCUCGCGACCUACGUCAAACUGUACAAGGGCUUCGCAUCACAAACGUGGAAGGGCCGCGGCCACUUCGGCGCCGACCAGACGGCCCUCCACGACCUCUUCGCCGCCUCGAAGCUGUGCGACAAGGGCGCGGCCACCGACCUCUCCUUCGGCUACCUGCCGAACGCGCUGAACGAGCGCACGCGGCCCAAGCGGGCGGACUGCGCGCGGCCGCGCUUCGCGCGGACGCGCGUGCUGCACCACAAGAACUUUGUCAACGAGGGGACCCUGGCCGAGGCCGCGGCGCGCGUCGACGGUUUUUGUGGUGCGGCGAACGGCGGC